AUGGCUUUGGAUUUCACUGCAGGUAUACUCGGUAUUGAAGCUGAGAUUGCUGAGAACAAGGUCAAACAUUUAAAGCUGUGGAUAUUUGAUUGUAGAGAUCCAAGCUACACAGCUUUCAAGUUGAGUUUGGCUGCAGCAGUGCUCUUGGCUUUAGCACAUGUGAUUGCCAAUUUGCUUGGUGGGUGCAUUUGCAUUUGGUCCAAGGAAGAACUUGACAGGGCCACUGCUAAUAAGCAAUUAGCAGCUGCUUCCCUCAUUUUUUCAUGGGUUAUAUUGGCUGUGGCGUUCUCGAUGCUAAUACUGGGAACACUAUCAAACUCGACGUCCAGAAAAGAUUGUGGAAUAUCACACCAUCGUCUUAUGUCUAUAGGAGGGGUUUUAUGUUUCAUACAUGGACUUUUUGCAGUUGCAUAUUAUGUUUCUGCAGUUGCAGCCAUUGCAGAAGAAAAGAAGUUGAAUCAACACCACCACCAACAAGGCCAAGCUUGAUCUUUCCUUCUUCAUUAUGUACUAACCUGUUAUGUUUCCCUCUUGUUAUUUCUUUCAUCUAUCAAUGGAAAAAAAAACAUGC